AUGAAUGGAGUUGCUCAGGGCUUUGGCUGUAUCAAUGAUGUUGACCAAGCAUCGUUCGGAGAUCUCGGACUUUUUGGAGCUGAAUUCCUGGAGAAGUUGCUGACUGAGAUUCUGCAAAUCGGUAUCGUAAUGCCUUCUAUGCAGGGAGUUCAAUUAAAGAGUCCUCGGCUGACAUUCCAUGAGCGCUACCUUCGAGUAGUGACGUACUUCAAGUUGGACGAAUAUUUCACUGGUGAUCUCGUACAAACAGCUGUAAAGCAGACAUUCAAUCAUGUCGGAUGA